AUGGAUAUGAACGGAAUGGAUCAGUCAGGGCAGGCGGCCGCGGGAGGCUACAUGAACCGCUGGUAUGAUGGGUCGGAGGGCGGCCACUCGGGCCUCCACCAGGACUACUACAACAGCAUGGCACAGGCGAUGCACUGCGCCUACGGCAACAAUAUGGCCGCACGGAUGGGCUCCGGCCAGGUGUUCCGCCCUCACUUCGCCUCGCCGCUGCACCCGUGGCUGGGCGGUGAUAAAUCCAUGGUGGGCGGUUCCUCCCCCUCCUGGCACUCCCCCUUCACCAAGCCUCCUCACUAUGCCCACGCCCAUUCCUCCACGUCGCCGGCGCCACACUCCAACUCCUACUCCUAUACGUCCUCCGGUCUCUUCGCAUCAGCCUUCUCCAAGGACGACACAAUGGCGGCCGGAGCGGGCGGCAGCGGCCCCGUCACGGACUACUCCAUGGCGGGGAGCGGCGACGUGUCCGACGUGAAGAGCGCCCCCAUGCUGUCCCCGCUCGGGGCCUGCGCCAACAAGAGUGGGCGUGAAGGUGCGGGUUAUUCCUCCACCCCGGGGGUCAGCGGGAGCGGAGGGGAGGCCUCGGCCACACCCCUCCUUCCCUCCUACCCCCACUACCCGGGCUCCCUGGGCGGGGGGUCAGAGUUCCCCAACCCCUACUACCCGCCCUCCUCACACUUCAACAAGGCGUUGGGCCACGACAAGCCAAAGUCCAAGCCGCGCUCCUCCGCCGAGGGCCGUGAAUGCGUCAACUGCGGCGCCACGUCGACGCCGCUGUGGCGACGCGACGGCAACGGCCACUACCUGUGCAACGCCUGUGGCCUGUACUACAAAAUGAACGGACAGAACAGGCCCCUCAUCAAGCCCAAGCAGCGCAUGUCGGCCCAGCGGCGGGCGGGCACCAGCUGCGCCAACUGCAAGACCACCACCACCACGCUGUGGCGACGCAACCAGAACGGCGAGCCAGUGUGUAACGCGUGUGGCCUCUACUACAAGCUGCAUAACGUGCCUCGCCCGCUGUCCAUGAAGAAGGAAGGCAUCCAGACCCGCAACCGCAAGCUGAGCUCCAAGUCCAAGAAGAAGAAGGGAAUGUUGGGCUUCCCGGACAUGCUGAAGCCCCUGGACAAGGGCGGCUUUGGCGGCUUCGGCACCGGUGGCUCCGGGUUCGGCUCCAUGUCCCAUUACAUGUACGGCGGCCAGAUGCACGGCUCCUCCAUGGCGGGCGGCUUCAUGUCGGCGCCGCCCAUGCACGGCAUGUCCGCCAUGUCAGGCGUCGGGCUCGGCCUCUCCUCCACCUCACAGAUCCAGAUCCCCUCCGCGUCAAGCUUAGGACUCUCGUCAUCGAACAGUAUAGUGGGUGCGAUGGCCUAGGGACACGCCUCCGCCGACGGCCGCAGCAGCCUGCUUGCCAGUCUGAGCCGCGAGGGCAUGGCUGCCUUCACGUCCGCCACCCAGCCAAUGGAGGCAGCGGACCAGCAGCCCUCCUACAGCGGCGCCCACCUCUACCCCUCCCAGAGCGGGAGGGGCGGGCUAGGACAAGCAGGCUGCGGGGACACAGGGCUCAGCAGUGGGUACCACGGGUCUAUGGCCUCCCACCUGCCCUCCUCGUCAGGUGCCACCUGAUGCGGUGCUCCCAGCCGUCGCGCGGACCAAUAGCACAGCCCAGCCGGCGUCCAAGUCUUUCAGGUGCUAGUGAUAGGCAGUGUGUCCAGGGUGUGUCGCUACACUCUCAAUACUCCAGCGUACUACUCACCUCAUUCCACUGACACUGUGAUUAUUACCUUACUGAGGUCACUAUUUAUUGGAGGAGAGCUACACAGGCAGGACUGGUCUCUCGAGGACUGCAGGACCAAGUCUUCUGCCCGGCUGCUUCGCCCUCAGCAGAGGUGACCGCGGGAAUCCUAACCACUUUGCCGGCACGCGGUGUGCCGCAGGACUGGACCCUCAGCGCAAAGUGGAGUCUCAUCUCACUUGGCUCCCGCAGCUGGCGGCGGGCGGUGCAGUCCUCACCUUUCUCUUCUCUACUCUGCACAGUGACAACUUUGGACUUUUAAGUCCAGUUUUAGAAAACUCAGAUUAACCCCGGGCUUUUGAAGUCGAUUUCUGAUAUUAGUAGUAUCUACUAAACAAUAAAUAACUUGUAAAACAUGAACAGGACGCAGCCCAGCCCGGCCUGGGGCGACUGUUUGUCAGAAGGCGCACGUGGUGUGUUCAGCACAACGGGCGACGUGUAGAUAAGUGACUGAAUGUAAAUUUGUUUAUCUCUAUAAUUACUAGUCGGCUAUUUUUAUCAUAACGUGUUUCCUUACUGUAUUACCCUGGCCAAACGUUUCCACAUGUUGAAUGAAUUUCACAAAUAAGUUAACUUAGUCCGUUAGAGUAAUUCUGCUUUGUUAUACAAUACCUUGUACAGGCAUUGGUGUCACUCUUCAAUACCUGAACAUGCACUGGGAGGGCGCGGCGUCGCGGCUCACACUGGCCUGUCAGGCGCCUCCUUCACCUCUGCUGGUGACCACUCGGGGACUGUCACUCCUGGCCAGGGUAAUGGACGUUUCUGUGGUUUCUGGAAUAUUUAUGUAGUGCGCGACGAUGCUUUCUCUGUAAAGUGUCUCAUUUGUUUUAACCAUAAAUAGCAUUGAGAGGAAUCUUGCAUGUCUUGUGAAGCAAACGCCGGCACACCGCCUGCCCCGGGCCCGUGUGGCAGCCAAGCACGGCCUCGCCGCGGGCCACUGCGGCGCCCCGCGAGGCCCAUGCUGCCCAGCGCUGACGUGCCACACAGCGCACAGUGCACCGCGUUGAUGUCACUCUUGUAACGUUUUACUGUAAAGGAGGAAGCUGCUUUCUCUUAAAAGGAAUCAAUGUUUACAACAGGACCUUUGGUGUUACGGGACAGAGUGAUGGGGAACACCACAUUCGUUAGCACUGAGGUGCAAUACAUUUUUUUUUUAUGUUAUUUUUUCUUGAGCUCCUAACAUUGAGGACUCUUGUUGAUUAAUUAUUAUUGCCAAUGUGACCACCAUCCAACGUCACCACCAGACUAAACCAAGGAAUUUCCAACGCUCUGCCUUAUCGCUCCGCUGUUGUUUGCGUCAAGUCCUCGGAUGAAGAUAUUAAAUGAAUUUUGUUUUAUCUCCCUUGGUGUCAUGAUUCCCACAACCCUUAAAAACACUGUGACAACAUUUUUCACCACCUCGUAAGUACAACGUUUGUGAUUUAACAAAAAAAAAAAGAAAUUUACAUCCCUUUCCCAUCAAUAGUUUUUACUCCCGCAUCCAUCCCGCCUGUGAAGUACGUACGUGACAAAACAGACAAAAAAUAUAAAAAAAGAUAUCUGAAAAUCACAACGAACACAAAAUCUAAAUAAAAUGUGUAUAGAAGAAAUGGCAUCACAGUAUUUAUGUUUUGAUUUAAUAAAGAUUUGUAUAAUGAA